UUUCUCAGUAUUGUUGCGGUGCUCGCAAGGUUCGCAGGUUUGGUGCGGACUGCCUAACGCCCUUUUUUCUGCCCCACACCCGCCCCCCUCCAUCCGGUGCACCUUACCACGUACAGCUCACGGUGCUUCCGGCGCCGAGUCGGAGGGCCAAAUUUGUUGAUCUAAUUGUUCAUUCGUUCGUUUUGGUUUGGUGAACAUAUAGCCCCGAACAGUGAUGUGUGUGUGUGUUUUUUUUUUCUUCUAUCGUAAACACCAACGGCUAGAGUGAUCGAGCGAGCAGUUUGACCAAGAUCGUCCACCUGACACUGACCCUUACGCAUCUGUGUACACGGGGUGUUUGCCUUCGUGUCAGCGACGCACCUGUUCCGAUACUACGCGCAGUUAUUCCAAGGAGGACAUCUAACAGCGGAAUAAGAUUCGCAUCUGCUCAGCUGCUGGCUAAUCGCGGUGCAGUUGAUCUCAGUAUAAUCGGGUCAGCGCAAAAAGAAUGUGGUGCACCAGCUCCAGACGGAAACGAUGAAAUUGAAUUCGCUAGCAGGGUUGAACUGAUUAUUUUUCACCCAGUGUGUAAAGUCUGUGAUAGUUUUACAAAAGCUCCGUUCUGUUCAAUCUUUAGCAACAUCAGUAUCCGAGUGCCACCAAAUGAUUGUAUUAGUAGUGCAAUAGUGUUAGAAAGUGAACCUUAUUCCACCACUUGUGUUGUGUAAAGUUUUGGUGUUAAUUUGUUGUGCGUUCAGAAAAGGCGAAUGGUACGUUUACUUGUAGUCGGUAGCUUGAACCAAGCGUAAGAAGAAGCAAACAUGUGCUGCAAAUGUAUUUUUAGCUGCUGGGAAGACUUUUACUGGAAUUGUAUUGAGGAAAAAUUCUGCUUCGACGAAUCACUCGUUAACUACGAUCCGGACGAGGAUGAGCAUGCGGCCAAGAACAAGAACAAAAACGGGUACUACGGCAGCCCGGCGGGCGACUCGGGCGAAAACAACAAUGCACCAAUCUGCCGGCAGCCGGGCGUUUCGUCCGGCUUAAGCAUUCCUCGCAACAUGUCGAUGAGCUCAAAAAUACACGAGGACGACCUGCGGCGUGAAAUUCAAACCAACGUUCCAAUGCUGGCACCGGAAGUGAUGGCCAUCUUUGCUAAUUCGCAAAUUUUCCAAUCCAGCGCACCGCCGAAGCAGCCGACGUCCAAAGCGACCUCGCCGGCGUCGGUGAAGUUUGCCAUUUCCGAUUCCGGUUCACCGAUCGAGGUGACGCCGGUGGGGGCGUCCACUGCGGGCAACCGUACCGCCGGCGAGAGCGAACAGUCGGCCGCGCCGGCACUGCACCAGGACGGUGCCGAAGGUCGGGAGCUCAGCUCCGACAAGCUUCUCCAGCGGCUCGAAGGUAGCAGCGGCAAUACGCUCGACGAACGGGACAGCCGUAUCGUCGUUAUACCGGCCAUCGUCGAGGAGGACGAUGGUUCCGACGAGGGAUGGCACGAUUCGGAAGUUGUCCUGCGACCGCCCCGCAACUUCUCCGAGCUUAGCCUGUCGAAAUCGAUACCGAGCAACAAAACGAUCAGCCAUCUGCAGGCCGACCUGCCCUACUUUUCGAUCCGUCCGGCCAGCGAAAACGACAUCUUCACGAUAUCGUCCGGCGGGGGAGGUGCUGGCGGUGCUGGAGGUGUCGGCAGUGGUGGUGGUGCUAGUGGUGGUGCCGGUGGUAGCACGUACAACUCCAUCAGCAUGACCCCGGAGGUGCCGGCCAUCUCGUACUCGAACCUGCCGAAGAACUACCUCGAGACGCCGGUGAUCGAGAAGUACCGGGAGUCGGUCAGCCUGUACUCCAUCCAGACGGCCGGCAUCAAUCGACAGUCGCAGACGGACGAUCUGUCGAUGCCACGGUACUACGGCAAGUCCGACCUGUUCGUGUCCGGCAUCGAUCGGGCGAACAGUCGCAGCGCUGAUGCGGUGGAGAUGGGCCGAUCGGACGAUGGCAGCGGUUCGCUUACGUUUAGCAGCAGCUCGCUGGCCAAGGGUGGUGGCCGGUCGCGCAAUGUGGAGCGCAGCAAGCGGCUGAUGAAUCUGCGCACCGCUUUGCCACCGCUUAAUUUGGGCCUGGUCCGCGGCAGCUCGGCAUCGAAUUUGCGCGAUCGGCGCGAGGAUCGGGAAUCGCGCGAACGUGACAAAUCGGAGAAGCGGAAGGAAGGGCUACGUGUUUAGGGCGCUGCUUAUCGUUGAAGGGGCAGUGUUUACUUAAAGGAGGGAGAGAAGGGAAGAAUUCCGUGUGCCACACAGUACAGUAUACGGUUUGGGGAAGGUGGUUUGUAGAGCCAGUCUCCAUCCAGGAUCAACAUUUGCUGCUUAACGAUUAGUUUUUUUUUAAAUGUGUUACAAGGAGGUAUGUUUUGUUGUUGUAGUUUUAUGAAUGAAAUGAAAGUUUAACUUAAAGGUAAAGCGGCGUAGCGAAGCCAUUCUCGUGUGGAGGGAGUUGCAAGCGAGAGAGACAAAAUGAAUUCCAGAGAGAUAAAAUUGUAAGAUACAUUUCAAUAAAUGCUGGUAUAAAAUACUACGAACGUUAGGUUAA